AUGGCCGACGCUUCAAAGAAGAGGAAGCAGACGUCAGACAGUGCGCCGCGUGCAAAACGCGCGCGCUUUCCCCAGAAGCCCGCGCAUAACAUCCCUACAAUAUCAACGAGAAACGCGUACCCCAAUGGCGAGGUCAAUGUCAAGAACUUCCUCAAGUCGCAUGAAAAUGAGAUUAAAUCUCUGGAGGGGGCGAUGAUAGCAGCAAAGAAGGGUCUAUCGAGAAGAGCGUUUCAAGAUGUGCCCAGAGAGUUGCGCAGAAGGACUGCAAGCCACAACCCAAACCGUGUACCAAAACGGCUGAGAAGACGAGCGCGGCAGGAAGCUAAGGAAGAUAACACGCCGAUAACACGAGGCACAAGCGGCAGUGGCAUUGGUAAGGGAAAGAAGAAGUAUCUCAGGAAGGAGGGCAUCGAGAAGAGCAAACAAGUGUGGAAGCAGAGAGAGCAAAAGAAGGCAGAGGAGAAAGGCAGUGAGCAGACAGGGACAGAGCAGGGAACGAGGGAGGCCUUCAAAGCUGUGCCGAAACCGAAGACGAAGCCUAGGUUUCCAUCCCUAGCCACGCCGGCCACGCCCCCAUCGCGAUUUCGCAGACGCCAACGAGACAAGACAUGGCUACCAACGCACAUAUGGCACACAAAGCGUGCACGUAUGACGGAACCGAAAGAUCCCCUCUGGCGAUUUGCGAUCCCACUUGCGCCCGUCGUGAAGGCAUACCGUCUGACCCAUCGAACUGCUGCGCAGCGCGGAGCCAUCGCUUGGGAUAUGAGCUACAUGUCGACAAUUGGGCUUGAGGGCGUGGAAGACAGCAUCGUUGGGCUGCUGAGAGGGUUACGUUUUGGCGCCGAAGAUGCUGAAGAUCCAUGGCAAAGGCGAGGCAAGGCGAAGAAGUGGAGACAAGGUACAAGAGCUUGGGAAGGCUGGCUGCACGAGAGAGACACGAGACCUCUGAAGCGAAUUGCGCAUGUGACUGUCAUCUGGUGCGCGCCUGAAGUGGAUGGCAAGAAGAGGAGAGCCUUUGCCCGAGUGCACCCAAGUGCGUUUCUGCAAGUAUGGAAUGAGGUCGUUCGCAUCUCGAAGGUCCAGAAGCCAGCGGUCAUUGUUGAAGACCUUCGAUUCGAGGUUGGCUCUAUUGAGAUCAUGGGACCUGCAGCGGCAGAGACGCUCUGCUCGAUACUGCAUCCAUCUCCUUCUGAUGCUGCACCUGAUGCACCUCAAUCACUAUGGUCUACGCUCGCUUCAGUAACAGAUCCUGGUGUGCUGCCAGCUGGUGCAUUGCUCGCAUUCGACAUCUCAGAUCCUCGCCUGCGAGACCCUCCUACGCCAUCGACGAUACACCAGGAUCCCUCUUCUCUGAUCGAGACACUCGCAGCUUGGCCCAUCGACAGCACGCAAGCCUCGUCAUCCAUUUUCAGCCGUACCGCUCGACUUACCGGUCAAAGGACACUGCCGUCGCAGAAGUCGAUCAACAGACGACAGAGUGCGAAUACACUAGGCAGAUAUCCAGAGCCAAGACCAACCGACCCAUCGAUCCCAAUGCUAAUCUACGUCUCUCGAGAGAGCAAAUCUUGGACAGUUCUCCUUCCCUGGAAGUGCGUCAUGCCCGUAUGGCGAGGCAUUAUGCGGUACCCAGUGUCUACUGGUGGCAACCCUCGCUUUGGCGGCUUGAAGGAGAGGCGGCAGGUUACGUUCGAACGUUCAGUGCCAAGCUUCCCACAUGACUGCCCUGCCACUGAUGCCGGUUCAUCGUGGGAGCUGAAGCAACAAGACGUGAGGAAGCACGAAUGGACGAAGCGGCCAAAAGGCAAGAGAAUCGAAUGGUCCACGAUCGAUCUCGGCAACGGGAGGAAGGGUGAGAUUGGCGACCCGUGGGCCUGCGAGUGGGCGCGCCUGCUACCGAAUGCACCUGCAGAGCCUACUGCAGCGCAGGACGAGUCCGAGAAGGUGGUCACUCCAUUCCGUCAGCUUUCUUCUGCUCAAGCGACCAAGCUUCUUCAGGACCCCGCUAUUGAGCCUGAAGUACCAUAUCUCUUCACUGUCAAGAUCAUAGUGGUGGGACGAGGGUAUCCUGUUGACUGCUCUCGAGUUUACCGUUUGCCAACGAACAAUCCUGAGCUGCGCAACAAAUGGCUAUCUCUGGUGCCAGGCCCUAAGUCGAAGACGAACGGCGUACCAAGGAGACAGCAGACUCGUAGCGGUGACGAUGUUUCUGAGCACCUGCGGCGAAGAGAGCUCGCUAGCAGUCUGUUAGAACCACCGGCACCGAAGGACGCUCCAACACCAGCAGAAGACGAUUACCCUUUGGUUCCAGACGAGGAAGAUCUGAUUGGCUUUGUUACAACUGGCAACUACAACCUGGCUGAGGGUAUGCCGACUGCUGUUGCCAAUCUUGCUUUGCAUAGGGUUCUUUGCAUUCCUGGAGACAAAGCCGUACAAAAGGAGGAUCGCAUCUGCAUUGUCAGGGAGCCUGGACGAACUGUAGGCAGACUUGCCACGUGGGAGGUUGUUUAG